CCUUCAAGGUGGUGUCAAAUGCUUUCAUUCACACGAUGUUUCUUCCCACGCUUCCUAGCAACAGCGUCUUCAAUGUCUUUUUUCUCCUUCCCCGUUAGCCUCAUUGUUUUGAGAACAAAGGGAACACUCUGCAAGCCAUGAAUGCCUUGGACCUGUGGUGGAAGAGCCUAUCACCAUCGCCAACAUGACGUAUAAUAUUGCUAUGAUUAGUGACUUUUUCUUCCCCCAACCUGGAGGAGUGGAAAGUCACAUAUACCAGCUCUCGUCGAAAUUAAUAGACAGAGGCCAUAAAGUAAUCAUUGUCACGCAUGCCUACAAAGGCCGGACCGGAGUGCGUUAUCUCACGAAUGGACUCAAGGUCUACCAUGCCCCGUUCUUCGUCAUAUACCGCGAAUCGACUAUGCCAACUGUCUUCUCUUUCUUCCCCAUUUUUCGCAAUAUCAUCAUACGCGAACAGAUUGAAAUCGUGCAUGGACAUCAAAGUCUGAGCAGUUUUUGCCAUGAAGCUAUCCUCCACGCGCGCACUAUGGGGUUGCGCACAGUUUUUACGGACCACUCGUUGUUUGGUUUCGCAGAUGCGGGUUCAAUUCUUACGAACAAACUUCUGAAAUUUACCCUGAGUGAUGUUGAUCAUGUUAUUUGCGUCAGCCAUACUUGCAAAGAGAAUACAGUCCUCCGCGCUUCCCUCGACCCCUUAAUGGUGUCCGUCAUUCCUAACGCAGUAGUUGCCGAAAAUUUUCGCCCUUUGUCGCACACCACCCAAGGAAACGACCAAACGCCUGUUCCCCGCCCGUUACUGGGCCCCGAUGAUAUUAUCACGAUUGUUGUCAUAUCACGACUUUUCUAUAACAAAGGCACGGACCUCUUAAUUGCGGCGAUACCAAGAAUUUUAGCUUCCCAUCCUAAUGUGCGCUUCAUUAUUGCUGGUUCCGGACCCAAAGCGAUUGACCUGGAGCAAAUGCUGGAACGUAAAGUUCUCCAGGACAAAGUGGAAUUCAUUGGAGCUGUUCGUCAUGAGGAAGUCCGCGAUGUGAUGGUGCGCGGACAUAUUUAUCUACACCCAAGUUUGACAGAAGCAUUUGGAACUGUGAUUGUCGAAGCCGCUAGCUGUGGGCUCUAUGUUGUUUGUACCCGUGUUGGAGGUAUUCCAGAAGUUUUACCGCAGCAUAUGACAACAUUUGCUAAACCGGAGGAGGAUGACCUUGUUCUGGCGACUGGAAAAGCAAUUGCAGCUCUCCGUUCUAACAGAGUCCGCACAGACAAGUUUCAUGAACAAGUACGUAUGAUGUAUUCAUGGACAGAUGUUGCCCGACGAACCGAACGUGUCUACAACGGAAUAUGUGGUGCCAUUAGCGAAGAAGAGUUCUACGGCUACUUUCCUGGGCAAGGUUGGACUGCAACAAGAGGGCGCAUACAUAGUUUUGCCCUCAUUGAUCGACUGAAACGUUACUUCGGCUGCGGCAUCUGGGCGGGGAAACUGUUUUGUCUCUGCGUUGUCAUAGACUUUCUUCUCUAUGUUUUCCUAGAAAUAUGGUUCCCUCGCAGCAACAUUGAUAUUGCGAGAAGCUGGCCAAGGAAGCCGGCUGUAGAAAGCACUCAGUCCCAUGAGAUCGACUCCUCCUCCAUUCACCGAGAGUCUAGGCGCCGCGCGACCGGACCGAGAGUGAUGUACUAAUUGGUGGCACCCACUCGAAGAAUAAAUACCCUCACUUUCAGAACUCGCCUAGGGCACUCCCUAUGCUCCAAUGCGUAAUCGCUCCCUUCCAGCUCGUCUUAAGAGCCAUCUCCAUUAGGAGUCGCAGCAUUGGAUCCAUACGAAUGUCUUCAUUCCGGGCUACUUAGACGGCCGGUAGCGGCAAGAUCUGGCCUAUUCGUUGGAUAAAGCGGACUAAAGGAAUGUGACAUCAUUUACAUAUUGAUCUAUGCAAAAACCAACGACUACUGAGACGAAGCAAAACAAUCUUCCCUACCUCUUCAAGAGAAAUCUUAAGAGUGGUUUCUAGUCUAUUAUAGAUAGGAGGGAAUGAUGUCCAUAACCGAACCAGCCAGUUGAAAUAGUUAGUGCUACAAAAAAAUCAGGAAUAUGCCGUAUCAAUAUUUAUAAAUAAACAGUACAAAAUCUUUGAUGAAUGCCCAACUAAGCUGAAUUAAAGCAAAUGAAAACUCGGUGUAACCACAUAAGGAACGGGUAUAUGGCUAUUCCAGCAAUAAACAGAUAAAAAAUCACGAUUAUAUCAAGUGGUCUCAUAUCUCAUCUCAUAACGGGAGGUCUCCCUUCCUUGUUCCACUUCACUCGACUGCGAACCCAUUCCACCGCUUCUCUAACUCCGCUUCCCAUUAGUGCACUAACCGGCAAAACACGACUAUCACGCAUCCCACCCCCUUCCUCGCCCUCAAAUACCUUUCUCACAAACCCUUCCUUGAUCCUGACCACCUCCACGCAAUCCUCUCUAUCCUGUUUAUUCGCUAGUACCAGGAUAGGCACCCCGACCGUCUCCGAGUUUUGCAAUACCGAUUCAAGGACCUCUCGACACUCAUCCAAUCUCCCAAAUUCACCCCGCGGAUCUAUGGCACUCAUGGGUUCUGUAAUAGCACCCGAAGGCCCUUUGGCGCUCGACGAUGCAUUUGGCCCUCCUCCUUUACAGCCCGUCGAAGCAAGGCGUGAAACGUCCGCGUCUUCGCCAACAUCUGCACUAUCCACCACAAAAAUAAUGGCAUGGCAGCUCGAAUAGUAGCUUUGCCAGAGGCCGCGCAUUGAUAUCUGUCCGCCUAUAUCCCAUAUUUUCAAGUACAUGUCUGGGAGCGGGAUGGUUACGACAUUUUGGCCGACGGUUGGGACAGUUUUGCCAGAAAGGGGCUGCGGCGUGGUGUUGUUCGAGUCGGUUGGGAGGAAAAGGGCUUUUAUCUGGUUUAGCAGGGUGGUUUUCCCCGCAUUAUCUAGGCCAAGGAGUAGGACGGAGUAUUCUAUAUUGGUCCAAAAUUAAUAGUGGUCGUGGAAAUCGGAGAUGGUUAGGGCGUGAUAUCACGGGUAAGACAUACCCUCUUUACUCGUUGCAUAGAAAUAAAUCGAUUUGGCUAGAUGGUACAUGGUCUUCACUCAGAUCAGGUUACCAACGGUCAAUGGGCGCAGCGCAUUGCCGUCAUCAAAUCAAGGAGAGACCACCGCUUCAGUCUCUAGCCCACUUGGUUUAAGAGAGUUACGAGAGUAACUGCGGCAGAAUCAUGGCGUAUGGAAUAGAAUAUAUUUACAAUAGACACCUGUGGCCGUAUAUCUCGCGCCGAACUUCUCUGACAGUAGAUCCGAGGGAGCAUCGCAGCUUGAACGUUGGUCCAGGAAGUUGACGACUCAUCGCAGUCAUGUGAUACAAUUUCCUGGUCAGGUGGGUCAACAAACCCUAAUUUGCAGACAUGAAUAGUAAUAAUAGAUCCCGAAUAUCUACCAUGUAUAAGCCUAACAAGCUGUUCAACGGCGUCAGCUGAAAUAGACAUUAUCUCUGCUUGUCAUGUCUACUUAGCGCGAGGCGUGUAGAGAUAUCGUUUGCGUUUUCGCUGAGAGCUAAUUGAAGAAAUCAUUGACAACCAAAACCUUUUCAGUCCUAGUCAAACCCCUCCCAUUCGGACUCCUCUUCCAAUUGAGCCCCAUCGUCAUUGUUUUCUUCAAUACUUCCCUUGUUGUCAGGCGAUAUUGUGGUAUCUGCAGCACUACUGUCACCAUCAAAACCACCAUCCCGAACAAAUCCAGCAACAAAGAACCCUCCAGUACCCUCUUCAUCGUUUGGCCAACACCGCAAGCACGCUUCCAAUUCCGUCCCAGUCAAAUCCAAGCUUUCACUCGCUCCAUCUCCAGGCUUCUCAGAUUUUAUACCCCGGUAUUUCCAAUUUCGCAGUCCCUCAACCUGUUCGCUUCUUGAAAGGAUUCGCCACCCACGUCGUUGCGCUACCGGUGACUUCAGCGCACGCGAAACAACAACUUCGUUCUCCUGCGCAUGUAUGGAGCAAGUGCUGUAUGUGACUCGUCUAGCUGCCGGGAAACUAAAUGCGUGUUCAAUGAUCCGCGUCUGGAGGUUAGACAACUUGAUGAGGCGGUCAUGAUCGAUGGCGGGUGUUGGUUCCUCUUCGUCAGCCGCGGGGUCUGCAUGUGUACAAGGAACAGGUGCGAGCGCAGUGCGCUUCAUUUUCUUGCUCCGAGGAUUUGGGUUAUGUGAACUAGGUAAAGCCAGGCGAGGUAUGUCGUCUCUUCCAACUAUACCACUCCCAGAACAACUAGGGUCAAGAAGUAGGCCUGCUAUAGUUCGGAAACGUUUAUCCUCGGGUGAUAUGGCAAGGAAGUCCUGACCAGCAAGGACAGAAACCAUCCUGCCAGCACCAGCAACAGUCACCAUCCGCUGUAGAAUUUUUGACCGGGCUUGCGAGGCGUCGCAUGAAAAUAUUUUACACUUCUGUGGAGCUGGGCCAACUAGAUCAUCACGACACUGCUCCGAGCCUGAACACAACAACGAGGCAAGAUGCGUUGUCUUGUUACCAGGUGCCGCACAAGCAUCCAUCAAGUCUCCUGUCCAUUGUUUCACAGCACCUCCAAGGAGCAAAUAGGCCGGGAAGCAAGAUGCUUUGUCCUGUAGUAUUAUCCUCCCCUCUUUAUAUGCCGUCGAUGACGUUAGUUCUGCAGUUUGUGGAACAGCUAGAAGGUCCGGGAUAUGAGGAUCUUGAUAGUAUGAUUGUGGUGCAGCUGCUGCUAACUGCGAUAACGAGUGGACUAGUUUGGAGGAUGAAAAUGUUGUCUUCAACUCUUCGUCAAAUGUUGUUAGCACAUUAUUUAUCCUGACCCACCUGGGAGGUACCAAUGUAGUAGUCCCUUCCCCAGUAGGGUUUUUCUGUUUCGCGACGAGCGCCUUGAGCUCUUCGAUGGAGGCACAUCGACGGCGCACACGAGAUCUAACGAACUCUGCUUUUAUCCGAACUUUGUGCCUUUCGAUGGCCAAACGCAAGGGAUGAUUUGAUGGCGCGGCAAUGCCUCUUUUUGCGAAUAGCAAAUCGUGGGCAAGGAGGAUCGACAGGAGGGGGGUGAGCUAAAUAUACCUUUCAAGCUGGGCGGCCAGCAGUAGAAGUUAGUUUCGUCUAUCAAAAAAGAAAAAAAAGAAAAAAAAGAAAG